UGUAUUGGCUGUGAACGGGAAGGAAGGCGGGGCGGAAUAGACCCGGGAAGAAUUGGGUUGCUGUGUGAUUCCCGGAUGUAAGGUGGUGAGCACGGGGCGGUAUAUGAUCAGUGGUGAAAAAAAUGUCUUCUGCGUGUUCUGAAUAUACAAUUGGUGGAGUGAAAAUUCUGUUCCCAUGCAAAGCUUAUCCAUCUCAGCUUGCAAUGAUGAAUUCGAUUAUGAGAGGAUUGAACUGCAGCCAACACUGUUUGCUGGAAAGUCCCACUGGAAGCGGGAAAAGUUUAGCGUUACUUUGUUCUGCUCUUGCAUGGCAGCAGGCUCAGUAUGGAAAGCCUACAGAUGAAGAUCCGAACAAGAAAGACUGGAAAAAAGAAGAGGCUUUUUCCUGUGGCUGCACGUGUCAUUCAAAGGCUCCAGAUAGCAGUGUGGCAUCCACAUCUACGUCCUUAAGUAAUGCUGGGCCCUCUUCUGUUGAAUUUUCAUCAAACAUAGAUACUAGAAGUAAUACAAGUCUAGCUUCAAAGCUGUCUGCAAAAAAGCAAGCUUCUUUUACUUCAGAUCAGGACGAUAAUGAUUUUCAAAUGGAUAGAAAACGCAUCCGGCAAUCACCUCUUGAACAGCAGACACGAAAACGGCGCUGUUUUGAAAAAGGUGUGCAAUUUAUUGAUGACGAUGAUGAUGAUAAUGUGGUAUCACAUAGCUAUCAACAAGGAAGAGCUGACACUGCUAACUGUCUUGGUGAAUCAUCAGAGGCUACACCAUGGCAACACCCAGAGCCGUGCAGUUUCUGUUCCUGUGGAUGCUACAAAACCCUGGAAAAAACUGAAAUGAAUGAAAAAAAAAAAGAUCAUGAACAAAAGCCGAGAGUGCCCAAGAUAUUUUUUGGUACACGAACACACAAGCAAAUAGCCCAGAUAACCAGGGAACUACGGAAAACAGCUUAUUCUGGUGUACGGAUGACUAUACUUUCCAGUAGAGAUCAUACCUGUGUUAAUCCUGAUGUUAAGACCAACAGGAAUGAGAAAUGUAAAGAACUUCUUGAGUCAAAGGAUGCACCUUGUCGCUACUAUUAUGGAGCUCCGAAAAUGAGUGAGCAGAAUGUCCUACAGUAUAGGCUUGGUGUAAAUCAGGCUUGGGACAUAGAAGAGCUUGUUGGCCUGGGGAAGAGGCUACGUGCCUGUGCUUAUUAUGCAGCCCGUGAAUUAAUGAAAGAAGCUGACAUUGUGUUCUGUCCAUACAACUAUCUUAUGGACUCCCAGAUAAGAGAAAGCAUGGAAAUAUGUUUGCAAGAUCAGGUGGUAAUCCUUGAUGAAGCCCACAACAUUGAGGACUGUGCCCGUGAAUCUGCCAGCUUUAGUGUGACAGAUGCACAGUUGAUGUUCGCCCGAGAUGAGUUAGACAGCAUGGUGAAUCAUAGGAUCAGAGCAAGUGAUCAUGAGCCUCUUCGUGGGGUUUGUUACAGCUUGACAAAUUGGAUAAAGGAGUCUACUGGCCAGCUGGUGGAAAGAGAAUAUGAAUCAUCUUGUAAAGUGUGGAAUGGUAAUGAGAUCAUUCCAGUUUUUCACGAUAUGGGCAUAACAAAUGCAACGUUUCCUAUGCUUAAGGGUAAUCUUGCAGCUGUGAUUGAGAAAGAGGAAAAGAGAACUAUGUUGAAUGGUCAGGAAACUGUAGUGAAAGUGCCAGUACUCAGCUCUCCAACACAAAUGGUGUUAAAAGGAUUGUUUGUUGUGUUAGAUUACUUAUUUCGACAUAAUAACAGAUUUGCAGAAGACUACAGAAUUGCUCUGCAGCAAUCUUACACAUGGACAAACAAACAAGAUGUUGCUGAUGAAAAUGGCUUCUUUGCAAGACCAAGAAGUCGUAGAAGUGUCCGUCAGAAGACCUUGGUUUAUACACUGAAUUUCUGGUGUUUAAACCCUGCCGUGGCUUUUUCCGACCUAAGUGGCAGUGUUCGCACAAUUGUCCUGACAUCAGGCACCUUAUCUCCAAUGGGAUCAUUUUCCUCUGAACUAGGUGUGAAAUUUUGUAUCCAACUGGAAGCAAAUCAUGUUAUUCAUAAAUCCCAGGUAUGGGUUGGCACUGUUGGUGCAGGUCCAAAAGGUCGAAAACUUUGUGCAACAUUUCAACACACAGAGACUUUUGACUUUCAAGAUGAAGUUGGUGCCCUUUUAUUGUCAGUGUGCCAGACUGUCAGCAAUGGAGUACUUUGCUUUUUACCAUCUUAUAAGAUGCUGGAAAAAUUGAAAGACAGAUGGAUGCAUACAGGUUUAUGGGAGAACUUGGAAAAAAUCAAGACAGUCGUUAAAGAACCACAAGGAGGAGAUAAGAUGGACUUUGAUAAAUUGCUCCAGAUCUAUUAUGAUGCUAUACGUUUUAGAGGUGAAAAAGAUGGUGCACUGUUGAUUGCUGUUUGCAGAGGUAAAGUGAGUGAAGGACUGGACUUCUCAGAUGACAAUGCCCGGGCAGUUGUAACUGUUGGGAUUCCUUUUCCUAAUAUAAAAGAUCUUCAAGUUGAGCUAAAACGAAAGUAUAAUGAUCACCAUGCAAAGAGUAGAGGACUUUUGCCUGGAAGCAUGUGGUAUGAAAUACAAGCAUACCGAGCCUUGAAUCAAGCCUUGGGAAGGUGUAUCCGCCAUAAGAAUGAUUGGGGUGCCCUCAUAUUAGUGGAUGACCGUUUCAGAAAUAACCCAAAAUAUAUAACUGGAUUGUCAAAAUGGGUACGGCAGUUGGUACAGCACCACUCAAACUUUAAAAGUGCUAUAGAUUCUCUGGCUGAGUUUUCUAAGAAUCAGCAGCAGAGAGUUCAACAACAAAGUCGUGAAGAAGUUCCUCAAACACCUUCCUGCUCCUCCAGAGAUGAUUACCCUAGUGCCUCAAUGUUGGAACUCACUAUCCACCCCUCUGAGAGUGUUUUAGAACCUACACAAAUGACUGUUACAGCACCUGAUCCUUCCCCAUCUGUGAUUACAGUUUUAUCUUGUUCAGAUGACUCGGAUUCUUGUGAAGACACUAUGCACAAAAAUAAUUCGACAUUUGAGCAGCCUCAAAAUACAAAUUCUGCGAGAGGAAAAAUGGUUUCUUUACAAAAACACAAUAGAUUUGAUAGUAAAAAAACAAACUUAACAAAACAACAGUGCUCAUUCUACAACUACUUUAACAACAGUCCACUCACAUCAACUCCUCUGCCAAAUUCUGUCAGGAGAAGUGCUAUAAGAGACAACAGCCUGAAUCAAGGAGCUGUUAAUGUCAGCGAAGCAACCAAUGAAAAAUAUCCACCUUCACCAUUUAACAGGAUACUGGCCGAAACCAUUAAAGGAGAUUCAAAUGAAAGCAUGUGUAAUGUGGUUCCACUUUUCCAUGAAAACAAUAAUGAUGAUAUUAUUGUAGUGGAAGAAGACAAACCUUCUCUUACUGAGAUACCCGUGGAAAAAGAUGAAGCUGAUGACACCAUACAUUUUACACCUGAACUUUUUGAUAAUGAGAAUAACAACAGUCCUGAUCCUGAGGAGCAAAAGAAUUGCACUCAAUAUCAAAUGAAUACUGGUUGCAUGGGGAGUAUUGCAAGUGGGGGCAUCGAUAAUGCCAAGUUAGCCGUAAGUGAAGAAGGGCUAGAAAAUGAUUUUAAUUCAUGCAAUAUCGACACAAAUAGAAAAAAUGAGGAUAUUUUAAACAGCAAGUACAUAUCUAGUGUUGCACAAGUCAGUACCUCAAAUUUUAUAAGCAAUGCAGAGACAGAUCAAAUACAGAGAAGUGAGAAAAAAAGAAAUAGACUCUCCAGAUCUAAGAACAGAGGUUUGUCUUCCUUUGAUUUUGAAUGACUGCACCUUCAAUAAACGCGACUGUCGGAUUCAAGGACAAGCUCUUGAUAUCUCUUUUCUUUUUUGGUGGAUGCCAGAGGUUUGAAUGAUCCACUGACUUUUUGUGUUUUGGGUAAUCCCAGCGCAGGAGGAUCUUGCAGUAAUUAAAGUGUUGGGAAAAUUAGGAAUGUAUGUGUUAAUAUAUAUAGUUUUUACACACAAACAUUACAAUAAUCAAUGAUGAGCCCUGGGAAUCAGUCUAAAAUGCAUUGCUGACACAUGACAUUUCUAAUCUAUAUUGCUUUUGUCAGUGCAAAGUAUGGUACCCAGUGAUAUUUGAAAUUAUUGUAAUCACAUUAGGAUAUUGUGUAAAUAUUUUCUAUUGGUUACUGCCAUUUUCACUUUAAAAAUGUCUCCCCCUAGUACCUAUGUACCUAUGUUCUGUAUAUUUUAGGUAAUCAUUUACAGUCUAACUUUGUUGAAUGACUUGGUAUAUAUGCCAUGUUGGUCUCUCUUCCCAACUUUUGUUUUUGUGGUUCUAAGGCACGAAAUAUCUGAAGCUCAACAUCUAAACGUGUCAUUUGGCCAUUCCUGGGUUAUUGGCAAUAAUUGUUGGGGCCUAUUUUUUGUCCAUUAUGGAAAUAGAAGCCAUGGAAUAAAAAAAUACAUUUUAAUUUCCCACCAUUUAAAAAUGAUUUAACAUAAAAAAAAUGCAAUGUCUGCCUCCCUAUAUAUAGUAUUUUGAAUGUGCUUGGUGAUUUUUAAGCUUUUUCUUAUGUUUCGGGGAGAACUAUUACAUUUUAUUUUGGAUAAAUUCAACUGCAAUAUUUUGCUAGUUUUUUGUGUUGUAGUAGCCACCCUUCUGUACUGUAAGCCUUCCAAUGUCUGGCCAGUUUAUUGGCAUUCCUUAGAUCAGUCAGCCAUCAAUCAUGCUGGCCAUUCAAAACUGCUUUCUGGUAUAGAAAAUGGGUAGUUAUUGUUUUGUACAAACCGCUGUAAAGUUAAAAAUUAAUGUGCAGAUAGCUUGUUUUAUAAUAUCUGUUAAGAAUGGUAUAAUAUAUAUAUAUAUAAAUGUUCUGUCUUGAAACUACAUGGCAACUGUAUUUUUGUAUUUCUACAUUUUUGUAUAUUCUAUUCAUAAAAAAAUUGCAUUUUAUGAAGCUAGAACUACUCUUUCAUUAAAAAUAGUAACGUAAUAUCAGA